UUCAGUUGGUAUCUUCAGACACUCCGACAGCGGAGCCUCCUGUGGCGGUGGUCCCCCCUGUGGAAACCACCACCCAGCCUUCACCCCCUCCUCCGCCGCUCCCACCCCCACCUGCAGAGAGGACCGGGGGCAUCGGCGACUCCAGACCGCCCUCCUUCCAUCCCAAUGCGACCGGCAGCGUGGAGACGCUGGACGACCAGACUGAGACGGAGUCUGUAGUGUCCUUCAGGAGGGAGAGACCUCGGCACAGAGAGAGCAUGGAGCCGCACGGGCCUCGUAUGAACGGCCAGAGUCGCCUGGAGCGCCACCUGGCGGGAUACGAGAGCUCCAGCACGGUGAUGAGCAGCGAGCUGGAAACCACCAGCUUCUGCGACUCGGAGGACGACGACACCAUGAGCAGGUUCAGCAGUGCGACGGAGCAGAGCACGGCCUCCAGGCUUCUUAAACGGCACCGCAGACGCAGGAAACAGCGCCCCCCACGUUUGGAGAGGGCUUCGUCCUUCAGCAGUGUGACAGACUCCACAAUGUCUCUGAACAUCAUCACCGUCACUCUCAACAUGGAGAAGUACAAUUUCUUGGGCAUCAGCAUCGUGGGUCAGAGCAACGAAAGAGGAGACGGAGGCAUCUACAUCGGCUCCAUCAUGAAGGGCGGAGCCGUGGCUGCAGACGGACGCAUCGAGCCUGGAGACAUGCUGCUUCAGGUGAGGAGGAAUAAAGAGCGAAUCCCAAAUCAAACAUAGUGAUUUUCUUUUAACCCUUUGAAACGUGAGAAUAGUGUCUUGAUUGUCUGGAAACGUAGGAGGAACGCAAUGAGCAAUGAAAGAAGAAUU